UAUUAGUUUAUGUAGCCAUUUAGUGUACCCAAUAUAGUUUGAAACAAUAGUCUCAAUAACCCUGAAAGGAAAACUAUGUCAGUUUCAGCAAUUUCAUCACUAGUUACUCCAACCCCUCACGCCUCCUCCGGUUCUCGGCGUUCGGCAGAUUUUCAUCCCACCGUUUGGGGGGAUUAUUUUAUUCAAUAUGCUUUAGAACCUAUGGAAGUGGAUGAAAUAACGAAGAGACAGAUUAUAACACUAAAUGAAAAAGUGAGCAAGAUGCUAGUGCCUAUAAAUGCUAAGGCCUUUAGGCCCUUGACACAAGCUAACUUGAUUGAUUCAGUCCAACGUUUGGGAUUAUGCUAUCAUUUUGAACGUGAGAUUGGUGAAGUGUUGCAACACAUUCACAAUAGUUAUGUUGAAAAUGGUAUAAUAACUCUCAAUGAAGACCUCUAUUCUCUUGCCCUUCUCUUUAGGUUACUGAGGCAACAAGGAUAUUACAUUUCGCCUGAUGUUUUCAAGAAGUUCAAGAAUGAGGAAGGAAAGUUCAAUGAAACAAUUAUUACUGAUGUUGAGGGAAUGCUAAGCUUGUAUGAAGCUGCACAUCUCAGGAUUCAUGGAGAGGACAUAUUAGAUGAAGCACUAGGUUUCACUUCCUCACAUCUUGAGUUAAUGACCACCCAAUUGAGUCCUUCUCUUGCUGCAAAAGUCAAUCAUAGCUUAAAGCGGCCACUACGCAAGAACGUGUCUAGAUUAGUGGCAAGGCAUUACAUUUCUACUUACGAGGAAGACCCUUCCCAUGAUGAAUCUUUGCUAUUAUUUGCCAAAUUGGAUUUUAAUAUGCUCCAAAAACAACAUCAGAAGGAAGUUGGAAUUAUUUCAAAGUGGUGGAAAGAUAUGGAUUUUGCAACAAAAGUACCUUUUGCACGCGAUAGGAUUGUGGAAGAUUAUUUUUGGACACUGGGAGUGUAUUUUGAGCCCCAAUACUCACUUGGUAGAAGGCUAAUGACCAAGGCCAUAUCCAUGGCAUCAAUUAUUGAUGAUAUAUAUGAUGUUCAUGGUACAUUUGAAGAGCUCCAUGUUUUCACCGAAGCAAUAGACAGGUGGGAUAUCAGCUGCAUGGAAUUUCUGCCAGAUUACAUGAAAUUUUGCUACCAAGCACUCUUGGAUGUUUUUCAAGAAAUCGAACAAGAGAUGGCCAAGGAAGGAAGAGGAUUCUGUGUAAAAUAUGUCAAAAAUGAAGUGAAAAGGUUGGCCAAAGUCUACUUUGUUGAGGCCAAAUGGCUCAAUAACAAUUAUACACCGACAAUGGAAGAGUACAUGGAUAAAGCACUUUUAAGUUGUGGUUACCAUUGUCUCACAGCCGCAGCCUUUAUUGGGGUGGGAUGUAUUGCUACAGAAGAGGCCUUCAAAUGGUUAACCAAUGACCCUAAAAUUGUUACAGCUUCAGAAGUUAUUUGUAGACUCAUGAAUGAUGUUGUUUCCAACGAGAUUGAGCUGAAGAGAGGAAAUGACGUGUCUUCUAUUGAGUGCUACAUGAGGCAACACGGUGUCACAAAGCAAGAUGCCAUUGAAGAAUUAAAUAGACGUGUGACAAGUGCUUGGAAGGAUAUCAAUGAGGAAUUCCUUGACCCUACCGAAAUGCCAAAGCCUCUCCUAAGGGUAGCUCUCAACCUAUCACGUGUAAUUUAUGUUCUUUACAAAGAUGAAGAUGGCUACGUUCACUCUAAAGGAUCAACAAAGGAUGACAUUGCAUCUCUUCUCUUGAAUCCAUGCUAGCUCACUGUGAGAAUAAUUUAGGAUGUACUGCGCUUCUUCAACUGCCUUAUGAAUAUGAGUUAUUGCAAUAUAUGUUUUUUCUUUGGAAAUAUUCCAAUCGGUUCAUCGCUUCGCAACUAAUCCGAUUCGG